GUUACUGUGGUCACUUUGCAAUGAAUGCUUAACAACACAGCUAACAUAACAUGGAGUUUAAUCUAGAUUAAUCAAUUUAGACUUCAGACAUAUUUAAUAUUGUAAUAUUGUCAGCUGUUGAUCGAAAUGAUCGUGAUAUUGCUUGUUUAAAGAUUAAAUUUAAUUUAAUAUGCCUACUUAUAUUUAUACUUAGUUAAGUCUUGACUUCAGUUAAGUUACACUUUAUGAAUGACUAAUACUAAUACUAAUACUAAUACUAACACUACACGGCUUUAAGUCUGUCUUAAGACUUAAUUUAAAUACUUUUAAAACUUUUAUACUAGUACUAGUAAUAACUUAGAAGUAGACUAAGUAGUACUAGUAAAUAAUAAGUCAUACAACUUAAUAACUUAUGCUAAUUAUACGUAAAGUAAUAGUAAUAGUUAUAGUAAAAGUAAUGUCAUUCAUUAAUGUAAAUGAAUGAUAUAAUAUAAUUUUAUAUGAGGUAUGCCAAGGCUAUAAACAUCUUAAUGCUGUAUCUAACUUUAUAGUUAAGUUAAUAUAUUAUAUCAUAGUCCAUAUACAUAUAAAAAUAAUAUAUAACAUGACAUAUGCUAGAAUACCUCUAACUCUAAUACAAAAAAUAUCUACCAUGGAUGCUGCGACUACUCAGUUAUAUUAUUUAGCCUAAAUUUUAUGCCUAUACUAUAGUGCCUGAGGCUAUACUAUAAUAAUUUAUAGUAGACUGACAGACUCUCCAAGCAGUGAAAAAUUUAGGCACCACCCUCUCACACCCACAGUCAUGAUUAUAAAUAGAAGAUGAGAUCAUCAAAAGAAUUUCCAAAGCAAAUAUUGCAUGAGUGUCUGACUGCAAGCAAAGGGUCUCUGUCUUGUCACUAAGCUGAAGGCAUAUAGGGAAAUCAUAUUAGAAACUCCUACUAUGUGCCAGUGAGACGUGGAAAUUCUACCGCAGACAUGCUAGACAAUAAAACCAUCUCCACCUUUCCUAUUUACAGAAACUUUUUGGUAUAAGGUCCAGAAGUCCUGCAAAAGGCUGGCUGUAUCUGCAUCAUAUGUUCUUACAAAAGUCUAAAAGGACAAGCCGGAUGGGCAAGGUAUAUUUUGAGGAUGUCUAACAACAGACCGCCUCAACAACUAAUGUACUGUGAACUUUGCAGAGAGAAAAGUUCAGCUAGUGGGCAGAAAAAAUACUUAAAAUUUUGUCUAAAAGAUUCCCUCAAAUGCAUGGAGAGAGGCCCAAAUUCAUGGGAAACUCUUGUUAGGGAUUGCCCAAGCUGGUGAGGAAGACUCACUGUGGAGCACAAUAUUCAGAGUAUAAAUGCACUGCUUCACCCAAAGAAAGCACACAGCAAGGAAAAGCAGAAUCACCUCCAGUCCUUCAACUUCAAGGACUCCAAAACAUGCGUGUCUUACAUGUGGGAAAACUUUCCAGGCACAACUUGGACUGGCAAGCCACCUGCGUACUCACUGUCAAAUAUAACUUAGUCAUCUUUGCUUGAAGGAUGAAAACACAACUAUUUUUAGUUGGCCUAUUUUAGUUCUUAAUGAAUUAAAAUAUUUUAAGUUAAAAUUUAACUUACUUCAAAUAGUUCUUAAUUAAGUAGCUUGUUCAACAAACAAGUGAUAAAAUAUUACUAAUUGGAUCAUCAUUAAAAAAAAAAAUGACGAACAGAUGUUUACACAUUUACAAGCAACAAAAACAUGCACUGAUCCCUAGUUUUCACAGAUACACUCAGUUUAAAAUUAUUUAUUUGGAUAUGAUAAUGUGAUUAAAGUAAAAUUAACAUUAUGAAUUGUACGUAAAUCUUUGAAUUUAAUAUGAAAUACUUAUUACAUAUUUGUAAAAAUAUUUGUUAUGGAUUAAUUUGAGCAAAAUAUUUAUUAUCUUUAGGUUCAUUAUUUUGUGCUACACUACCAAUACAAAAUAAUAGUUCAGUUCUUACAAGUUUAGUUUACUUCUAAAAUUACUCCCAUUCCCUCUGCCGCAUAUUCUCUUACACUCUCCUAAAAGCAAAAUAAUGCCCCCCCCCCCCAUAAAUAAACGAUGGGGCAUAAAAAUGGCUAUGGGAAUUAUUAAUUGACAAGCAACUGCAACAACAUCAGUAACUUCACUCUUAUCUCGUCAGUACAAUUGAAUUGAUUUUCUUUCAGUUACAGUUAUUUUUUCAUACAAUAACUGAGGCUUAAACAAAAUUACACUGUGCUGAGCACACGUGACUGGUAGAUUUUGCAGUUUUGUUAUCUCUUUAAGGUUAGAGUUACUCCAGACCCUGUUUCACCUCUCUAUGAGUGGAGAUAGAGAGCAGGAGAUGUUUGACCCAUUUAAAUUUAAGGAAUGAAAAACUUGCGUCCACUUGAUUACAGUUAUGGGAGGUGACUCUGCUUCUGGCAGACAUCGUUAGACUAAUGGUCAGUCUAAACUAAAUGCAGGCAACUAAAAAAAUGAUGUAUUCUAUUUUCCAUGUGUGGCUUCAAGGCUAAAUCUUUGGUGAGGAGCAGUUAAUAGAUGAGAACCUAUAAGAUUUGAUCUGGUCAAAGAAGGGAAUGAUGUUGAACAGCUUGCAGUACACUACCUAAUUGCAGUCCUUUAAAUCCUACUGGAGGAAAAUGGUGAAGAAGAUGGCAAAGAUCGUGGUUGCAAUACUGCAGCCUUAUUGUUCUCUGUUACUGAUUUGACAUUCUCUCAUUAUCAAGGAUAUUGUAAUCUAUAUGUGGCUAAUCCAAUUGUCGCUGACCAACUAACAUGCCUCAGUUUGAUAAAAUCCUUAUAGAGAGGCUUCUUCUGUUCAUGAGACUUUACUUCUGGACUUGUUUCAAAUUAUAAAUGUAAUGAAUAAGAAAAGAAGGGGUAAAAUUAUUUUCUUUAGGGUGUUUCCAUUGGAAAAAAACUUGUAAACCACUACUCUAGACUCUGUAUUAUAGUCCACAAAUUUUAUGGUUGGACAACAUUUUUAACAUUCAUAAGCCUAAAUUUUAUCUUGUAAUUUUAUUGAUUCUUGCUUUAAAAAAAACAAAAAAACAAGCAAACUUAUUCAACUUUAAAUGCUUUUUAUGUUCUCUUAUAUUAACAAGUUUUUAUUAUUUAUUUCAGAAGUAAUCCAUAAAAGUUUUUUUUUUAAUGCUGAAAACACACUGAAAACAAUAAAUGUCUCGGUCGUACUUACAGUUGUGUUUGAGGCAAACAAAACAUUUGAUCACACAGUGUCAGAGAGAAACAUUACCUAUGUCCAUGCAGUUAAAUUGUAGAAAUUAUUUCAAGGCAAACAGUGCAUUGAUCAAACCCUUUUUAAAAAAUAACAUCAUCACUACAACAUUUCGUUGGUGUCCAAAACAGAAUUUUCAUACAAGUAGCAGACACCUUAUUCAUCCUUUGAUAUGGGUCAUUAUAAAACCUUUGGCAAAGUUUGGAGCUGCUAUUACUGGAAGGCAAGUUAAAUAAUCAUAAGUUAUCAGUGAUUAUAUAGAAAAAGGGUUUAUAUUAAAAUUUUGAUAUUUGAAGUCUUAGAUUUUCUUAGGCUAAAACUUUCCCCUUAAAAUAAUAUUGUUGAUCCUAUGUGAUAACUUAUUCUGGUUCAAUUUGAGCUAAAACUAAAAAAACUCAUUUGUAAAUUAAUAUAAAAUUUAAUAAAUGUGCCAUAGUUAGAACAAUGGAUGUUCAGUUAAAAUGUAUAUUUUAUGCAUAGCAGUUACUGAAAAAGAAGAGAGAUGGUAAUAUAAUGUGAUGUACAUUAUUAAUAUACUUAUUGUUUCACAAAAUUAUAAAAACUAGACAUUCAUUUGAGACUAACUUGUUUGUUGUAUGUAUAAUUAGAACUAUAAGGGUCUGGUUCAAGCGUUUGGCUCCAGAGGAAAGAAGGAAAGUUUGGUUAAAGCUAAGGCAGUUUUGGUAUAUACCUGCUGGCUGCAGUGUGGCUUUGGCAGGGACCUGCAGUUACUACUACUACAGUCAUUUAGAGGAGACACCAAUAACAGGGAGAUGGAGAUUUAUUGUUUUCACACAUGAACAAAUCAUCAAAAUAGCAGAAGCUGAAGCUGAAAUGGUAGGACAUUAAAAGCCAAUUCUGGAUAAGGCUACCAACAUAUUUUAUAUCUUUAUCUUGAAGUUGAAGGCUUCUUAAAACAACAGUUGUGUAACAUUUUAUAUCAAAAACUUACUAAACACUUCAUUGAAAACUAAAUAUUUUUUUUUUACAGCUCAUAGAAAAGUUUUCAGGUAAUUUUUAUAACCCAACUGAUCUGCCUUAUCAGCGUGUUGCACAGGUGGCACUGAAAUUACUCUCAGCUAAUCCAGAAUUAAAACAAAUGCCAUUUGACAGUUGGAAAAUAUUUGUGGUGAAAGAUCCCCUUGUCAAUGCUUGUGUUUUACCAGUGAGUAGCAGUUUCUUUAAACACUUUUUUAGAUAAUUUAAAUAAUGAUAAAACAUAUAUUAAAGUUUUUAUGGCGAAUUUACAAAAUGUCCUAUUUGCCAGCUGUGGCUUAGCUAGGGUAAGUGCCACCCAGGGUGGGGCCAAGCUUUUUGCCGUCUCCCUCCACUAAAAAAACUCUUCAGUUUGCUGACUCUAAACAUAAAUUUUAAAAAGUGCCACCAGGGACAGACGACACUCUUCACAACCUUCUUCCUAUACAACUGCUUGCAAGCUUCUUUUUGUGAGUGGAAAUUAUAUUGGGAACCUAUGGAAAAAAGCCAAAUCAAGGCUUCAAUUUUAAGGGUUGAUUUUAGACUCUUAAAUGAAUUUUUGACCUGAUAAUCCAAUGUGAUUAAUAAUAUAGUCCACUUCUGCAUCAAAAGAAAUAAUUAUAUUGUAAAAAAAUAAAAUAUUUAAAAUUUCACUCAAAUUGAAAACUGACCAUUUAAGUUAAUUUUGUUUUUGUGUGGUCGCAAAACACGUUUCAAAAUUAUUAGCAAUAAAAAUAAAUAAUGAUCAAUUUAUAAUGUAAACGUGUUGGAAAAUUUAAUUCAUCUUGACUUUUUAACGUCAUAGGAUUUUCUUAAUCAAAAUUGUGUGCAACUGUGAUGACAAUUUAUAACAUUUAAAAUUUUACCCAAAACUUUCUUCUAAUUAUUUUUUUCAGAAUGGUAACAUCUUUGUGUUUGAUGGUAUUCUUAACAUGGCUAACACACAAGAUCAGCUUGCUGUUAUUUUAGGACAUGAGAUGGCCCACUCUGUGCUAGGCCAUGGGGUAAGAUGCUCUGAAAUGGGUUUGAGAUGGCCCACUCUGUGCUAGGCCACGGAGUAAGAUGUUCUGAAAUGGGUUUGAGAUGGCCCACUCUGUGCUAGGCCACGGAGUAAGAUGCUCUGAAAUGGGUUUGAGAUGCCCCACUCUGUGCUAGGCCAUGGAGUAAGAUGUUCUGAAAUGGGUUUGAGAUGACCCACUCUGUGCUAGGCCACGGAGUAAGAUGUUCUGAAAUGGGUUUGAGAUGGCCCACUCUAUGCUAGGCCAUGGAGUAAGAUGCUCUAAAAUGGGUUCUAGGAAAAUUCACAGAAGUAAUAUGACUCAUACUACUUCAAUUCAAGGGGGAGCAAAAGUUGCUAUCUUUAUUUAUUGCUGCAUACAUAUUUAAUAAGGUUUAAAUAUUAAAUAAUAAAAAAAUCUAAAUAAAAAUUGAUUUCUAACAUAAAGUUGAUUCCAAUCUUUAAAUUAAAAAAACAGGUAGAGGAGCUGAGUUAUGGUAAUAUUGUGGAUGUUUUUGUUAUAAUUUGCCUGGCUGCCUUGUGGCUGAUUAUCCCAUUUGAUGGUGUUGCCAUUGUGACACAUUGGUUCUACAACAAGGUUGUCAAGGUAAGGCUGUCAAUCUCUAGCUUAAAUGUGUAAUUUCUUUCAGCUGUCAUUUAUCAAUAGCUGGAUUGUUGAUAUCAUUAUUCAGCAUAACACUGUAAAAAUCAUUGGUUAAUAAACACAUCCUUUUAAUGUAGCCGUGAAAAAGGUCAAGUUAAAAGCGUUGCUUGUCAGAGUUGAAACAUUGAAUGAAGGAUCUUUAAUCUUAAAUCAAAUAGUAAGAACAUGGUCAUCAUGUUUUCACAUUUCUAUUUUUGUGAUACAACAUCGUCAAUGAAAUUUUCUAAAGGCUUAUAAAUUCUCACAAUAAAAUCAAUUCUCCCUAAGUGUCCCUAAGUAAAUUUCUGUCUUGAAAAUCAUUGAUUUAGCCUCUUGUAAAUUUAGAGCUUUUGUUUCCACUAUUUGUUACAAGUAACUUUCAGACAAGCUGGAAACCUGUGUGUUGUCAUUUUUUCACCAGAAGUUCGAAGAAAAAGGGAAAUUAUAAAAUGUAAUCUUUCAGUUCAGUUCAUUUAAGGAAAUAACAUAGCCAUUAUUACACAUAAUUUUGUAAGAAUGUAAGAAAACCAGAUUUGCAAAAAGACUUAAUUUUACUUAGUAGCACAAUAAACUACACAUUUAAUUGUUAACAAUUUAUUGUCUUUUUAAAUAUUUUAAUUUUGUCUACUAAACUCAAAUUUUCAGUUGUUAACUCACAUGCCACACAGUAGACAGAUGGAGAGGGAAGCUGACAAAGUUGGGCUGAAAUUUGCCGCCAAGGUAGGUUAUGGACAAUUUAUUUGAGACAUAGUGCUUAUCUUCUCAAGCAACUCCUUAGGUGUUUAAAUCAAAUGUGUCUAAAAAGUAUUGAUGUUCUUUCAUCAGAUUAUACAUUUUCUUUAUAAUACUAAUAUUAAAAUUAUUAAAAGAUUUUAAUACUGGUAUUAAAAAAAAAGAAAUCUACAAAUUACGAGCUUAUUAUGUUAUUAUGGAGUAUGAAUCUCAUGUUCUUCUUCACUUGAUUAACGUGUUCUCCAUUCCCUCCUUCUUACGACCAAUCGUAGUGGACUUACUUUUCCUCUCUUCUGUCCCUUUUGCUUGUAUUAACUCUCUCACCUACUUAUGUUUUAUCACAUUUCUUUGCCAUCCUCUUUGAAACCACAUUACAGUUAAGUAUUUAUUUUUAUUUUGUUUUUACUGAUGUUUGUUUGCUGAAGGUGGCUUCUUGUGGACACUUUCGUUGUUUUGUUGCCACCUUUUUCAGGUUUUCACUUACUUUGUUUCACUUAUUUCCUGCUACUUAAGUUCAUUGCGGUCUCCCCCUUGAUACCAUGUUUCAUAGGAAUUUCUGUGGAUGGUUUCAUGACAAUGGUUUAUACUUUUAUUGACUAUUUACUUUAGGCAUGUUAUGACAUUAGAGAAGGAUCUGUUCUGUGGCAGAAAAUGUCCUAUCAUGAGAAGUUAAAUGCUGGGAAUCAAGAAGUCCUUCCAGAAUUUAUGUUAACCCAUCCAGAUAGUAUGAAGAGGGCCGAACACAUUGACUUUAUGUUACCUGAGGUAAGAUUCUCUUAGACCACUGUCAAUUUUUGGGAAGGUUAUAUGGAAUAAUGUCACAUGUAGUUAAUUACUUCGUAGGUCCAACCUGUAUGUUAUAGGCCUACACAAAACCAAUUUAAAUUUCUGAUGGAAAGUUAGGGAUCAUCCAUUAGUGUAUGUAUGCAUACCGGGUAUAUUCAUUUAUCAUAGUGAAUCAUAUAAAGUUAAAAACUUUUAGAUUUAUAAAAGAGUUUAUUUUGCUUUUUUUUCCUGAACAUUUUUCUUAGAGGGCUAAUUAAAUGUUCAGUUCUAAUUCAUUCAUUUUGAAAACUUUGAUUCAUGUGUUCAAAAAUUUACAAAAAUUAACAAUUUUGUGUACACAUUAGGCAGAGAAGUGGAGAAAUGGAAUGAAAUGUCCAAAGCUACCGACUGCUGACCCAAGGGAAGCUAUACAAAUUUUAUCAAAGGAAAUCGAUAACUACCUUCUAGCAACCAAGACUGGUCAGGACCUGCGCAGAGUGCCACAAAAGCCAUCCUUGGUGAUUGUCCGACCAUCGUAGUAUUUUAAAAUAAAUACAUCAAUAAAAAUUCAAUGGUUUUAUACACACUAAGACUUUUUUAUAAUGUUACUGUAAUGGGCAAUAUUUUAAAUGGUAUCUUCAGAGCUGUGCAGAUGUAUUUUUCAAUUAUAUUUCAAAAAUUUUAUAACAAUUUUUUAUAUCCAUUGUUAGUGUAUGAAACAGCAAAACUUUAUAAAUAAAUUUUAAUUUAAGUUUCUUGAUAUUUAAUUUGAUUUUUGGCUGGGUAUAGAGCUGGUUUUGACAAUAUAUAAUUAAGAGCGUGUAAACUAUGGGAAGAGGUUCAAAAUCUAUCAUCAAAAUAAUUCCAGAUGGUGCUCCAUAUAUCCAAUAAUGCUUAGUUGUAUUUUUUUCUUUUGUGUGCAUUAGGUGCAGACAAAAGGGUUUGGGGGUGGGGGGGGCAGCUUUUUUCAAUCUCUUUCUUCCUCAACAAGCAUAGCUGCCAUGAUGGGCUGGCGGUUUAAAAAAAAAAGUAUAUCUUGACAAUGCAGACAAAAAGUGAAUGUUAAAAUCUCUUAUGCACACUGUCUAUUAUGUUUUGCAAACUUCUCAACCAACACUGUUUGAUUGGUAAAUCUGGAAAGCCACUUAUUGAUAUUGGUGAAGCACUCCUCAGCAUUUAGUGUGUUGAAAAGCUGCACUGAUGAAUUUUACACGAAAUUUGAAUGAUUAGCCAAUGGUGUUCUGUUUAUUAACUGGUGUACUGUGUAAUAAAUAAGUGCUCACUGAUUGGGUAGGAGAAUGUUGAACUUAAGCAAUUCAGGUGAAAAUUGUUGCAGGUUUAGUAUCCAAGUGAAUCUUUACUCAGCUCGCCAGUACCAGCAUGACUCAUGACCAACUCCAGCAAGAAAAGAUUUCAACAUUUGAGCAGAAUAAAAUAUUUACUUAUUUAUUUCAUUAGUGUAAGUAUGUAAUUAAUUUAUUAUUGUUAAGUAUUUAUAUGAGUGUAUAGAAAAUUGUAUCUUGUAACUAUAGUCUUAAUUUUGCACUUAUGAAGUUCAAUUUUUUCAGUCAACUAGAUUUUCAAGUUAGAUAGAUAAUGCCUAAUUAAUAAUAAUGGCAUUUAAAUUAGGCCUUUUGUGGCUAGUGAAGUAACGUUUGAUCAGUUUUCCCAUCUUCAGAUUAACAUUUGAUCUGUGCUAUUUUCAUUACAAUUCUAAAGUUUAACUGUAUAAUAAUGAAAUUUACAUUUGAAAAUACUUUGUAGUGGAAAGUUAUGGAAGUAGUCAGAAAAGAAAUGACUUAUUGUACCUGUGAUAUUGCUGAGGAAUUAAAAUUGAAUGCUACGUUGUUUUAUUUCAUUAGAGAAAUGAAACGAUACACCAAAAAAUGUGGUCAAUAGUUUUUAUUUUAGUUUUUAAAAAAAAUUGUAUUUAAAUACAAGAAAAAAAAAUAAUUUAACAUUGCAUGAAUUUCUAACAAUUUUUCUUGAAUUUAUAGCAAGAUAUAUCUAAGUAUUGAUUUACUUGACAGAAAUGAACUGAUGCUUUAAUUCUGUGAUGCUAACAGAUUGGCCAGCUUUUUCAUCAUAGUCAAACCAUUCCUGAAAUAUUAAAUGCAGUAUUCAAUUUAUUUCUCCUCAAAAUGUUAUGGUAGUAUAUUGAGACAAUGGAUAAAUUUAGCUUCAGAGAGUACAAUUAAAUUAAAUUCAUUUACCUGUUAAAGAGCCCUUUAUUGAAAUUAUUUCAUGGCAAAUUUGGUUUGAUAAAAUGGUGAAUCUUGAAGUGUAACAACUAAGAUUAGGACCGUGACGACUAUCUUUACUAGACGCUUUGGUAGCUGCCCUACUGUAGGAUAUACAUUUUUAUUUGAUAUUGCCAAAUAAAGGAAUCUAUCUAUAUGACAUAACUAACAUAAUUAAAUGGUGUUUUAAAUUAAUGCAAUUACUGUAAAUGAUAAUAACCAUUUUAUAAUUAUAUAAUUAAAUGAAAGUAUUGAUUGUACAAGUCAUUGUUCCA